GCGGCUCCACCAGCCGAACUCGGCAGGCUCCGAUUGCGACAAACGUCAACCGACCCAAAGCCUAAGCCAAACUUCCUCCUCCUCUUCGCUUCCUUCCGUCGCCACGUCGCCAGAUCCUCGCCUGUCAACAUCUCGGACUUUCCAACUCCCCCCAAAUCUCGUCAUGGCGGGCAUGUUCCAAAACUUAUUUGGAGGCUCGCAGCCUUCCAACCCGGCCAGGGUCGACGAUGAUUUCGCCGACUUCGUUGAGGCCCCAGAGCCCUCUCCGGCUUCCCUCGUCCCCGGCUCGUCCACCAUUCCGGCCAUCAACACCCACGGAGUGGGCGCUGGUAGCCCGGUCCCGUAUACCAAAUGGUACCGGGUGUGGGAGCGGACCUCGCCGCAGGACUUCAUGCAGGAAGCCAUGGUCAUGCCGAUCAUCCUGCUGAUUGUCAUUUUCCACUUCUGGGGCACCCGCAAGAACCGGCGUCGGGCCCGCGACUGGGCACAAGCGCACGCGUCUGCCUUGCAGAGUGAGUUCGCCGUCGUCGGCUUCGAGGGCACCAAGACCGAGGAAGCCCCCUCCCCGGAUGCCUUGCUCAAGGAGCGGUCGGCGCAGGAGUUUGCGUCCUACGCCACGGGCCGCCAGAACGUGGCCUUUGUGGACGUUUCCGUUAAGCUGCCCAAGCGGUACAAUCCUGUGAUCUUCUGGACCGAGUCUGUGUUCAGCUUCCUCUUCGAGAGCUGGGAGGCGCCCACCGAGAUUUACGAGGCCACCGCGUACACCUUCGACGGCAAGGAGAAGGAUGUGGUGCCCGUGCCCGCGAACGACACCUCGUCCCUGAAAGUCAACAACUCGACCUACGACGGCUUCGUCUGGGCGAUCGUGCACAAGAACCACAUGCGCAAGUUCCGCCAGGAGCGCUACGAUGCCUCUCUCACCUUCACCCGCGAGAACCCCAAGCUUCCCAGCUGGGUUACCAUCAUGACGGAGAGCGCCGAGAUCACCGACGUGCUCCUCACCCCCGAGCUGAUCCAGGCCGUCGAGAAAGCCGGCUCUGACUUCAAGUACCUGAUCGUGACCGACCAGCCGAUCGACAAGCCCUUGAAGAUCGAGGAAACCACCCCCCGUAAACGCAUCCAGCUCGCCAUGACCCUCCCCUCCUCGGCCGCCGGCUACGCCACCUCCAUCCCCCUCUUCUCGCAGUUCGUGCGCCUGGCCGACCGCCUCGUCGCCGUCGCCCACUUCCGCCCCGAGGUCACCCGCAAGAUCCGCCACACCCGCGAGGAGGAGAUCAAGAAGCUGCGUCGCGCGGACGAGGAGGAGAAGGCCGAGGAGCGCCGCCUCGCCGCUGAGAAGAUCAAGAAGGAGGAGCGCGAGCGCCUCCUCCGCGGUAUGUCGGCCGACGAGCAGCGGAAGUACUUGGAUCGCGAGUCGCAGAAGGAGCAGAGACGGAUGAUGAAGAGAAGCACCCGUCGGGGUUAGUUUGCGUCGCGGUUUUUUUCGCCCCGGCGGAGCGGCUGACAAUCUUCUCUUGACCAUUUUUCUUUCUUUCUGUACCGAGGCACAUAGGGGAACAAAGACCUGGGGGAACAAAAGUUUAUUUACAACGUCAUGGUGGUGGCUUUUCGCCCUAUCCUGCUUGUCCCCUUUGUCUCUGCAUGCUUGCUUCCCUUCCUGUACUCUUGGGGUGAUGAUGAUGGUGAUGCAUACUUUCAUGUACAAUGUAUUCAUAAUUAGCUGAACUGAGAUGAUGGGGUUUGGUUGGUGGUGGGUGGGUCUCUCUAUUAAUGCAUCUACCUAUCUUUCAAAUGAUACCGAGAUGGACUUGUCGCUGUCAACUGGGUGCUAU